CAGAGAUGUGAUUUUAUGAGGACAUAAGGUAUGAGUGAAAGAUAUGAUUUCUAACAAGCUGGAGUGCUUAGGCAUUUAGAAGCAAAAACUAUUUUUGAUGCCAAUUCUCCUCCUUCAGGCUGCUGCUGUUCUUUCUUCUCUAAUCCUAGUGGGUGAUGUCUGAGCAUCUCUAAAGAUCCUAAUAUUCUGCUUGUUACCAGGAAGACAUCUUUCACUGCAGCAAUGGAUGACUAUGACAUAAGGUCUGCCGCCAGUAUUCUGGCCUCUGUAAAAGAGCAAGAAGCUCGUUUUGAGAGGCUGACCCGUGCUUUGGAGGAGGAACGUCGCAAUGUCUCACUCCAACUUGAGCGAGCCAACGUGCCCUCUGAAAGAAUGAGCAUGUGCAACAUUGGCAAUGAUCAGCCACUAGCCACGGCGUGGCAACAACUAGUCCUGCAGGAGCAAAGUCCCAGUAACCAAACCUCCAUCACCAUGAUGCAGGAACCUCCAGAAAUGCUAGAAGAAACUGUUACUGUGGAAGAAGACCCAGGAACCCCCACUUCACAUGUGUCUGUUGUUACAUCUGAUGAUGGAACCACAAGAAGAACAGAGACCAAGGUGACAAAAAUGGUAAAAACGGUUACCACAAGGACAGUACGACAAGUUCCUCUUGGUCCUGAUGGGGUGCCUGUCAUUGAUGCCUCUUCCCCUCUCAGUGGUUACACAGAUUCUAUUGACAGGAGAUACAUGAAGAAUGGAGAUCGCUUCAUUACACCACAGGGCACAUCCACUUUAACUAGAUCCUUCAACAACAGCUACAAUGAUUCCUACGGUGACCCCCAUGACACACAGUAUCGCCCCUUCUUGGGGCAUGAAGGAUAUGGGGAUAUUCCAGAUAAUUAUGGCAGCCUGUCUCGUGGGAUUAAUUACCGCCCUCGAUAUGCUUACACUCCAGGCAACAACUAUCGGCCAGAGGAUGGCAGUUAUACCCUGCCCACCAGGCGGGAAAACUAUGUUCCCAUUGCCCAACCCCAAGUUCCUAUUGGAAGUAAUAUAGAUCUAAAUCGAUCUCAGCCUGAACGCUUCCAGCCUGAGCCGUAUGGCUUAGAAGAUGAUAAUCGCAGUCUGGGGGCAGAUGAUGAUGGCUACGAGCUUGACCAAGAUUACUCCACAAUGAACAGGAGAGUGCUUCCUGGAAUGCCCCUCGCAGGCAGACCACACAAAGCAAGGGCUUAUGAUGACCCGUUAGAAUCUGAUCUUAUUGAGGAGAGAAUCCCAUAUCUGCACGGUGGAUAUGCAGCUCCUUUGGCUCAGCCAGAAAAAGGAAGCCUCGCCAGCAUUGAUCGUUUGGGGAAACGCUCGCCUUCGAUUGACAGCAUUCGUAAAGACCCUAGAUGGAGAGACCCUGAUCUUCCUGAGGUCAUUGCUAUGCUUAAUCACCCUAUUGACCCUGUCAAGUCCAACGCAGCAGCCUAUUUGCAGCAUCUUUGCUAUGAAAAUGAUAAAAUAAAGAAAGAUGUGAGGUACCUUAAAGGUAUUCCUACCCUUGUGAGCUUGUUAGAUCACUUGAAGCCUGAGGUGCAUCGCAAAGCCUGUGGAGCACUUCGGAACAUCUCCUAUGGAAAAGAUAACGAAAACAAGGUGGCAAUAAAAAAUUGUGAUGGUAUUCCUGCCUUGAUCCGACUGCUGAGGAAGACAAAUGACAUGGAAGUCAGAGAGCUCAUAACAGGCACACUCUGGAACCUGUCCUCAUACGAACCUUUAAAAAUGGUGAUCAUCAACCAUGGCCUCCAGACCCUUACCAAUGAGGUUAUCAUCCCUCACUCUGGCUGGGAGAAUGAACCUAAUGAGGACUCCAAGCCCCGGGAUGCAGAGUGGUUGACUGUUUUCAAAAACACUUCUGGAUGUUUAAGGAACGUGAGCUCAGAUGGAGCAGAAGCACGCAGACGAUUGCGCGAGUGUGAUGGGCUAGUGGAUGCUUUGCUGCAUGCGCUUCAGUCUGCAGUGAGCAAAAAGGACACAGAUAACAAGUCCGUGGAAAACUGUGUGUGUAUCAUGAGAAACCUCUCCUACCAUGUUCACAAGGAAGUCCCUGGGGCUGACAGAUUUCAGGAAAAUGAGCUCAACCAGCAAGGUGGAAUUGGGGGUCAGCAAAAAAAGAAGAAAGAUGAUGCCGGCUGCUUUGGGGGUAAAAAAGCAAAAGAGGAGUGGUUUAACCAAGGAAAAAAGAAUGGGGACACAGACAAGAAUUUUGACACUCUUGAUUUGCCAAAAAGAUCAGAAUCGGCCAAAGGUUUUGAACUUCUGUACCAGCCAGAGGUGGUGCGUCUCUAUUUAUCUAUCCUGACAGAGAGCCAAAACUACAAUACAUUGGAGGCUGCAGCAGGAGCCCUACAGAACCUGAGUGCAGGGAGUUGGACUUGGUCAACCUAUAUCCGUGCUACAGUCCGCAAGGAGAGGGGCCUGCCGGUGCUGGUAGAGCUGCUUCAGUCUGACUCUGACAAAGUGGUAAGGGCUGUAGCAAUUGCUCUGAGGAAUCUUUCUAUGGAUCGGCGCAACAAGGACUUGAUAGGUAACUACGCCAUGGGACAGCUGGUUCGCAACUUGCCUGGAGGCCAACAACGUCCUGCAAAAAACCUGGAGGAAGACACAGUUGUUGCUGUUUUGAACACCAUUCAUGAAAUAAUCACAGACAGCUCAGAGAAUGCCCGGUCCUUAAUACAAUCACAGGGAAUUGAAAAGCUUAUCACUAUUAAUAAAUCAAGUCAGUCUCCAAGGGAGGUGAAAGCUGCCUCGCAUGUCCUGCAGAUGGUUUGGAGCUACAAGGAAUUACGAGGUGCACUGCAGAAGGAGGGUUGGAACAAAGCCAACUUCCAGACUGCUGUGUCAACAAUGCCAAAAGGAUCCAAAGGAAAUGGGAAAUCAGGAUUUGAUGACAGCACGCUACCAUUGGUAGAGAAAAGCCAAGUAAACAAGAAAUCUGGAAGUCGUGAUAUGAUUCCCAUGGGUGAGUUGGGCCCUGAUGGAUACUCCACCAUUGAUCACAGAGACAAGGAGCGCAAAUACAGAUCCAAUGAAAGCAUGGGGGAUAUGUCGGAGAAGGAACCCUUAAAGAAUGACUCAAAUAAGAAACACAUUACCCGGAGUAACAGGCCAACUGUGAAUCUGGUGGACGCGCGAGACACUAAACCUCAGCCUGUUGACUCCUGGGUCUAAUUUUUGCAUGCAUGGGUUAAAUCUGCAGUGACCCUUUUUGGGAAGACAUUUUUCUUAUUUUUUCUUUUUUUUUUUUUUUUAAACAAACAAUGAAGAAUUUGACCACGUGUAGGAAGUAUCAUUAUCCACAACUGCCAUGCCCAUUUUGGACGAUUUUUAAAUCCUUUUGUGUAAAGGGGUCAGAUGAAAAACUGCCAUCUGCUUUGUCUAAGAACCAAACUGUGAUCAUCGCCAAAAAACACUGUUGCUUGAUUUUUUUUUUCUUCCUCUGAAAUUACGCUUUUUGUUUUUAGUACAUAUGUAUAGAAUAUAUUGGAAAGCAACAUUCCCCUUAAAGCAUCAUAUUCCAUGUGAUAUGCUUUCUGUUCUACUGGAUGGAGGCGAUGGUGCCGUGCAGGUGAUACAAGUAGGAGACAUCAAGGUGGGAAAUGGAUUUUAUCUGCGGCUCUACAUUUUAUCUGAACAUGGAAAAUAAGAGCACUUUUGUUUUGUCUAUUCCUCAGAUUGAACAUUGAAAUUUUUUAUAAUUUGGACUGAGGGGCAUUCAAUUUCAUUCUUUUAUUUUCUAAUAAGAAGUGAUGGGAAGUUCAUUGGGUUUAGGUUUUAUUUGAAGGGAGAAGAAAGAAAGUUAAGCUUGGUUGGAAACAUUGGACUAAACAAACAUCUUUGUGAAACAUGUUGCGGGUCUCUAUCAAAGAAAGCAGAUGGAACGUGAAUUUAAAGGCUUCGACGUGCAUUGCUAGAAAGCCUACGGUUGUGAAUUAAUUGUGACUGAAAGACUGAAGUUCUUCUAGUUCAGUGCUGAUUUUUAGCAGGAAUUUUACCCUGAGCGUGCAUGCCAUAAACAGGAAUGCAUUUUGAACUCUUGACUUGUACAGCUAUCAAUUUACUGAUGUUUCCAAAGUCAGCUCAUCUAUACAUAGAGAUAUAUAUGAUGAAGCAUACAUAGAACUGGACCAUUGACCUCUAACGACCUGAAUUUACAACAUCACAAGGAGGCUUUGAAGUCGGAGCUAGUUAGUGCUCAUGUGGUUGCAAUCUGUGAGAAAACAAACAUUUCUGCUGUAUGAUAACUUUGCCUUUAACUUAUGUUCUCUUUCCACUUGCAUUGUAACCAACGUAAGGAAUUCCCAUCUCUCGAUGCCUGCACUAUGCUCUGUAGGAGGCCACACUGGCUCUCAUUUAACACUGUUAUGGUCACCAGAACCACUCUAGGACUUUUAUCAUGAAACCAUCGAAGAAAACGUAACCUUUUGAUUAAAAUAACAAAUCACAGUUGCUGUUGAAUUUCAAUGUAUUUUCAUUAGGUGCUCAACGAAUCUUGCUACAAAGAGGGUGGUUUUAGGUUUCAUUCUUUUGAAUAUAUGGUGGGUUUGGGUUUUGUAUUACUCUUAAUGUUUUCUGGACUGUCGGUAGAGCUUUUCUUGGCCAUAUAAAUAGCAUUGAUGUAAAUGAAAGCAUAACAUCCCCACCCUUUUGACAUUUUGUUGUUGGGAUGGUUGCGCGUUGCUGUUAGCCCUCUGAGAUUCCCAUGGAAUUAAACGGUUAGAGCAAAUGGAAUCCACCUCCUACAAGGUUUUGGGACCAAUCAGAAGUUCAGCAAGUUUUUGCAAAAUAAACAUUUAAAUUCUGCUGUUUAGCUGAUAAAAUAAACUGAUUGGUUCUCAAUUUCA